UCAAUCUCAUCAUUCCAACAACUACAUUUCCAUCACUACUCAAAAACACACACACACAACUUAUAACCAACAAAACUUCUCACAUUCUGGUAAAGUCGAGACACUCAAAAACUUUUCACAUUCCGAUCAAACACAAACACGAUACGAAAAAAAAAAUGUUUAGCUUCUCAGAUAGCAACACGCUCUCCCGGCGGUGCGUGUGGGUGAACGGCCCCGUGAUCGUGGGGGCCGGCCCCUCGGGCCUGGCGGUGGCAGCCGGGCUGAAGCAGCAGGGCGUCCCGUUCGUGAUUGUCGAACGGGCCGACUGCAUUGCCUCCCUUUGGCAGAAGCACACCUACGACCGGCUGAAGCUCCACCUCCCGAAGCAGUUCUGCCAGCUCCCCGACUUCCCCUUCCCCGACCACUACCCGCGCUACCCCAACAAGAAGCAGUUCGUGGAAUACAUGGAAUCCUACGCCGCCCACUUCGACAUCAACCCCCACUUCAACGAGACCGUCCAGACCGCCAAAUACGACGAGGCCUGCCGCCUCUGGCGCGUCAGCACCGCCUCCGCCGAGUACAUCUGCCAGUGGCUCGUCGUCGCCACCGGCGAGAACGCCGAGCGCGUCGUCCCCGACAUCCCGGGGCUCGACGAGUUCGCCGGCGAGGUCAUCCACGCCUGCGACUACAAGUCCGGUGACAAAUUCAAGGGCCAGAAGGUCCUCGUCGUCGGCUGCGGAAACUCCGGCAUGGAAGUCUCCCUCGAUCUCUGCGACCACCACGCUCAGCCCGCCAUGGUUGUUCGUAGCGCGGUUCAUGUUCUCCCGAGAGAAGUGAUGGGGAAAUCAACGUUCGAGCUAGCCAUGUUGCUGAUGAAAUGGCUGCCGCUGUGGGUGGUGGAUAAGGUGAUGCUAUUUCUGGCAUGGAUGGUGCUGGGGAACAUGGAGAAAUACGGGCUGAAGCGGCCGUCGGUGGGGCCGUUAGAGCUGAAGAACAAGUACGGGAAGACGCCGGUGCUGGACGUGGGCGCGCUCGAGAAGAUCAGAUCGCGGGAAAUCCAAGUGGUUCCCGGGAUCAGAAGCUUCUCGAAGGGCGCGGUGGAGCUCGUGACGGGAGAGAAGAAGAUGAUCGACUCUGUUAUCUUGGCUACGGGAUACCGUAGCAACGUGCCUUACUGGUUGCAGGAGAGUCAAUUCUUUGGUAAAAAUGGAUUUCCCAAAAACCCAUUUCCAAAUGGGUGGAAAGGUGAAGGUGGGAUUUACGCAGUUGGGUUCACGAGGAGAGGGCUGGCUGGAGCAUCUGCUGAUGCUGUAAGGGUUUCACAAGAUAUUGCCAAAAUUUGGAAGGAUGAUUUGAAGCAGAAGAAGCAAAAAGUUCCUACUCAUAGAAGAUGCAUUUCAACCUUUUGAGUUCAAUUCUUUUUUUCUUUUAAUUUGAAGACCUAAUAUUCUUUGCUUCUUUUAUACACAUAAAUAUUGAUGUAAGAAGUGUGUAUACCAAUGUAGCAUAGAGAUCAGCCCUCUCCGAAACGCCCAAAGAGAUUUUUGAAAUUUGGGCACUUUCUAUACCGAGGAUGAUGAGGCUCUUUUCUCUUUAAUAUUCUUUUUUUUUCCCUUUGUUGAUUUGUUGAAGAGAUGUACAAUUGGAAUAUUUUCCUUAAGUUUCAAUGGAAUAAGGUGCUUUUUUCUGUAA